ACAAAAUUUUCAAGCUGUAAUUUUGAAUGAGAAGUUAACUCAAUCUUAAUCAGUUAAUUUGAUUGCUUAUUUUAUUAUUGAUUUAACUUUCAAUUAUGUUUAUUUAUAUGGUGUUGUUAUCGUCGAUUGUUCACCAUUGGCUUAGUUAUUGAAUAACAUUCUUUUUAACGACAUAUCCAAAACUGUCUCGAACUACUUAAUUGUCACCUUCCCUCUUCCGUUACUGGUGCAAUGUAUAUAAAACAGGUUAUAAUCCAAGGCUUCCGAAGUUAUCGAGAGCAAACGGUUGUUGAGCCAUUCAGUAAAAGCCAUAAUGUAAUUGUUGGUAGAAAUGGUUCGGGUAAAAGUAACUUCUUCUACGCAAUUCAAUUCGUUUUGUCCGACGAAUUCAGCCAUCUUCGUCAUGAACAGCGACAACAAUUACUUCAUGAAGGAACUGGACAGAGGAUAAUGACUGCCUACGUUGAAAUUAUUUUUGACAACUCUGAUAAUCGGCUCCCAAUUGAUGAUAGUGAAGUUGCCUUAAGGCGACAGAUUGGUCUUAAAAAGGAUCAAUAUUAUUUGAAUAAAAAGAUUGUAACUCGUUCUGAUGUUAUGAACGUUCUUGAGAGUGCUGGGUUCUCCCGAAGUAAUCCUUAUUACAUUGUGAAACAAGGUAAAAUUAAUCAAAUGGCAACUGCUCCAGACUCUCAGAGAUUGAAAAUUUUACGAGAAGUGGCUGGUACAAGAAUUUAUGAUGAACGUAAAGAAGAAUCUCGUACUUUGUUGAGAGAAACAGAAUCAAAACUGGAGAAGAUCAUGGAUCUCUUGAAGUAUAUUGAAGAACGACUUCAAACAUUGGAAGGUGAAAAAGAAGAACUUAAAGAAUACCAGAAAUGGGAUAAGAUGAGAAGAUCAUUAGAAUACACUAUUUACAAUCAAGAAUUGGAAGAUGCUAGGAAGAAAUUGAAAGAAUUAGAGACAAGGAGAGAGACCAGCAGUAGUGUCACGGAAAAGUUACGAGAAAAUCUAGGAAGUUUUGUUGAGCAGAUAAAGGAUCUCAGUAAAGAUCUUCGUGAAGUGCGAACAAAGCUACAAACUGCUAAGGACGAAAAAGAGGCCUUACAACAUGAGCACAGUACAUUUUUGAAGGAGAAGACGCGAUUAGAGUUACGUCUUAAAGAUUUAACCGACGAAGUUAAAGGAGACGCGGAGUCUAAAAAGCGUGCUGAGACAGAAUUGAACAACUUGAAAGCCCGUAUUGCUGAGAAACAAAACGAGUUGGAUAAAAUCAAGCCUCAAUAUGAAGAGAAUAAAAAAAUCGAAGAAGAGUGCACUCGAAUGUUAGCUCUCAAAGAGCAGAAAAGAUCGGAAUUAUACGCAAAACAAGGUAGAGGUAGUCAGUUCACGUCGAAAGCUGAAAGAGACAAAUGGAUCACGAGAGAAUUGAGUACUUUGAAAAAAAGUAUAUCGGAAAAAAAUACCCAAAUAGCUAAGAUAAAAAGUGAUCUAAACAGAGAUGCAAAGAAAAAAGAAGAACUUGAAGCAAAAAUCGAGGAACUCACCAAAGAGCUGGAAAAUAAUAGAUUCAGUAUUGACAAUCAAAACAAAUCAUUCUAUGAUUUGAAAAAGAAAAAAGAUGCACUGCAAAAUGAAAGAAAUGAGCUUUGGCGCCAAGAAAAUGCUAUGCAACAGAAUGCGAAUAUGCUUAAUGAAGAAAAAUCAAAAAAGGAUCAAAUGUUGAGAUCGAUGGUUGGUAAAACUAUUCUUAAUGGUCGUGACAGUGUCGCCAGAGUUCUGCAACUUUUCCGUGAAAGAGGUGGUCAAUUUGAACAAAUUGCCAAAGAUUAUCACGGAAUGUUGAUAGAAAAUUUCGAUUGUGCAAAAGAAUUUUAUACGGCAGUAGAAAUGACAGCCGGAAAUAAAUUAUUCCAUCACAUUGUUGCUAAUGAUAAAGUUGGUACAAAAAUUCUUCAAGAAAUGAAUCGUAUGAAACUGCCUGGAGAAGUUACUUUUAUGCCCCUCAAUCGGCUUUAUUCAAAAGAGUUACAAUACCCCGAAACAUCGGAUGCUAUACCGAUGAUAAGUCGACUAGAAUAUGACUCUAGAUUCAGUGUUGGUAUGAAAUUUAUUUUUGGUAAAGUAUUAAUUUGUCGUUCACUGGAAGUUGCCACGCAAUUAGCUAGAAGUACCAAUUUGGAUUGUAUCACACUUGAUGGAGAUCAGGUUUCCCAUAAAGGCUCCCUUACUGGUGGUUACUUUGAUACUCGACGAUCUCGUCUUGAACUCCACAAAACUCAUGCUACCAUCAAAAAAGAGAUUGUUGAUCAACAAGAUAAGUUGGAGGAACAUCAUCGUCGGUUAAAUGAAGUUGAAAGUGAAAUCAAUCAAAUUGUUAGUGAUAUGCAGAAGGCUGAAACCAAAAACACCAAGAAUAAGGAUACAUUUGACAAAAUGAAGACAGAUAUUCGUUUGUUGAAAGAUGAACUUGCUGCAAUUGAAAGAUCAAGGCAACCUCGUGAAAGAAGUCUUGUUAGCCAUGAAGCAAGUCUUAACUCGAUGGAAUCUCUUGCAGAAUCACUGAGCAGUGAAUUGCAACAAGAUUUAUUGACUCAACUAUCUGUGACUGACCAACAAGAAGUAGACCGUUUAAACGAUGAAAUUGCUGAAUUAACGCAGAAGAACAAAGAAGCUUUCAGUAAACGUAUGCAUUUAGAAGCUCAAAAGAAUAAGUUAGAAAAUCUUCUCAACAAUAACUUGUGUCGUCGUAAAGAUGAAUUGGAAGCAGCUUUGCAGGAAAUUUCUGUCGAAGAUCGAAAACAGAAAUUGGAAAGUGAAGAAAGUGAAUUAUCAUCCAUUACAACUCGAAUUGAUGGGGUUGUUGUUCAAAUACGAUCAUUAGAUGAAGAGAUUGACGAAACAACCAAAAAAUUGAAAGAUAUUCAAACCAAAUUAGAGAAGAAAAAGAGCGAAGAAAGAGAUACCAUCGAAAGGAUCAAUGAAGAUUCAAAGGAUCUUGAAAAGAUAACCAGCAAAAAUUCGUUGUUAAAUAAAAAGAUUGAUGAAACUAUGAGAAAAAUAAGAGAGCUUGGUACCUUACCUGUUGACGCUGAGACCAAGUACGCCAAUCUCAGUUUAAAACAGUUGUACAAAAAACUUCAACAGUGUAAUCAAGAGUUAAACAAGUACAGUCAUGUUAACAAGAAGGCAUUGGAUCAAUACAUGGAUUUCUCUGAAAGGAAAGAGAAACUGUUAGAAAGGAAAAAAGAUCUUGACAGUGGACAUCGAUCUAUAUUAGAACUGAUGACUGCACUAGAACAGCGAAAGUAUGAAGCCAUACAGAUAACCUUCCGUCAAGUAUCCAAUUUCUUCAGUGAAGUCUUUAAAAAACUUGUGCCCCAAGGUAGAGCCCACCUUGACAUGAUAACCUCCUCUGAUCCAGGCAACUCUACUGAAGGAAGCCAGGGAUCUCUUGGAUCUGGAAACAUUCCACCGUCGAUUGAUAAUUUCACUGGUGUUAGUAUUAGAGUAUCAUUUACUGGUACUAACGCUGAAAUGAAAGAUAUGCACCAACUAUCUGGUGGUCAAAAAUCAUUAGUCGCCCUAACAUUCAUCUUUGCCAUUCAAAAAUGUGACCCUGCACCGUUUUACCUUUUCGAUGAAAUCGACCAAGCUUUAGAUCCACAGCAUCGUAAAGCUGUAGCAGAUAUGAUCCAUGAACUUUCCAAAGACGCCCAAUUCAUUACAACAACUUUCAGACCUGAGCUUUUAGAAAGAGCCGACAAAUUUUAUGGAGUCAAAUUCAGGAAUCGAGUCAGCCAUGUCGAACUUGUCACUUAUGAGGAAGCCCAUGAUUUCGUCGAAGAUGAUUCUCAAUAUGCUAGAUAAAUAGUAUCCAUUUAUCCAAUUUCUUUUUCAUUAAAUUCACCAAACCAGAAGAGAGACAAAUAAUUACAAAUGGUUAAAAACAAGCAUAAAUCAUAAAUCCUCACUUAAACAAAAUUCAACUCAUUAUUCCCAGAUAUCUACUCUCAUUCAAUUUCAUUCUUACUCAUUUUCAAAUUUUAACCUGUUCACUAUUUCAUAUUUUUUUCUCUUCAUCUACCGUAACUCUUUUCUCAUUCUUCCUAUCAUUAUUUCCAUCAAAAUAUGUUUAUUUCUCGCAAACAUCUCACUUAAUAAUAAUUUUAUUACUUGUUUUAAUAUCCAAAGUGAAGUCAAUACAAGUAUAAAAACUAAAAAAUUGACAAAUAAACAGGUAAAUAUCUUUUACUGAAUAAAAAAAACGAAA